CACUCUUUCACUAUCAUGCCAUCAAAGCUCAAACGCGCACGCUCACUCACCCCGACGAUCCCUACAGAACCUCCAUCCUCUCACAAAGCCAAAAAGCUCAAACUUCUCGCCUCCCAUGCCACAACCUCGCCCUUCCCAGACUACCCCCACCCCACGCGAGACGAAGCAGCCCAGGUGCACGCCCUUCUCUUAGCCACACACCCCACCGUCACCGCACAGCGCACGCGGCCCUCCUCCGCAAACAACUCGGCGCGCACGUGCGGGGGCGUGCCCAGCGUGCUCGAGUCGCUCAUCGGCACGAUCCUGAGCCAGAACACCUCCGCGCGCAACUCGACCGCCGCGAAGCGCGGGCUGGACGCGCGCUUUGGGCGGAACGACUUUGCUGCGAUCGCGCGCGCCCCGAAGGCCGACGUCGUUGAUGCGAUCAGGACGGGCGGGCUUGCGAACAAGAAGGCGGGUGUCAUACAGAAGAUACUGCAGGAAGUGAAGGACCGCCAUGGCACCUACUCGCUUCAGCACCUGGCUGGAGUCCCACUUUCUGAUGAGGAAGCGAUGAAGGAGCUGGUCUCGUACGACGGGGUUGGCCCGAAGACGGCUUCGUGUGUGCUCCUGUUCUGUUUGGGCCGCUCGUCCUUCCCCGUCGACACGCACGUCUUCCGGCUAUCAAGGCUUCUAGGAUGGGUGCCGAGCAAAGCAGAUAGAGUUACUGCCCAAGCGCACCUCGAUCUCAGGAUCCCGGACGACUUGAAGUUCGGACUGCACGUUCUCAUGGUUGCACACGGGCGUACGUGUUCCGGAUGCAACGGCAAGAGCUCAAGGAAGGAUGACUGCGUGCUGAAGUCGUGGUUGAGGGACAGUAAAGGAGUGAAAGACGAGGAGCUCGAGAAGACGGUCAUGGAAGCAGGCGAGGACACUUGA